CAGGUUAGAGCGUCUGCCUCUCACAGUUCUGCGGACCGGGGUUCAAUCCCCGCCUGUGUGGAGUUUGCAUGUUCUCCACGUGCCUGCGUGGGUUUUCUCCGGGCUCUCCGGUUUCCUCCCACAUCCCAAAAACAUGCAUGAUAUGUUAAUUGAAGACUCUAAAUUGCCCGUAAAUUGUUUGUUUGUAUGUGCCCUGCGAUUGGCUGGCAACCAGUUCAGGGUGUACCUCGCCUCCUACCCGAUGAUGGCGGGGAUAGGCUACAGCACUCCCGCGACCCUUGUGAGGAUAAGCGGCACUACAGCACUGCUAAUGAAGUAGGGGCAAAGUCGUUAGCGCAUUCCGUCUGUGGACGUCAAAUGCCAAAGAACAAGGAAACCACUACAUUGUGCUGGAAAUAGUCACAACAACGCACAGCAAGAGAACUGAGAAUUACCCUUUUACAGAUUGGGCUUCUUUAAAAAUAUUCUGUAUUGAUAUAACACGCUUAGUGUUGACAAACACGUAAACCGAACGAAACUCGGUUGAAGAGAUGAGCAAGUUAUGACUGAAUUGCAAUGUCCAUGCUUUGCCUUUGACGGGGACGUCGCCUCUUCCAACAUGGCCUCCAAGUAGGCACGUCUAUUAGUUGGGUUGCCACAGCGCCCUGGCGUAUCUAGUCUUCUCGUCAUCUCUAUAAACUAGGCGCCAGCUUCACUUCCUGGUUAGCUUAGCGAGCUAGCCUAGCCAAGUCGCUCGCAACCUGCUUGAGCGGCUCAGUCACGGGACCUAUUGAGCAAACUCGGCGGCUUGAAAAAAAAAAAAACAAAGACUCGUGGCAGGGCAGCGAAGGAGCAGUUUGCCUGACUGCAAAUGACAACCGAGUUUGGGGAUGCCUUCUGUCAAUUCAACCGGAGAUGAAGAGCCGCUUCUCUCUGGAAAACGUCAGCUGUACAACGAGGCGGACUCGGAUAAUGAAGGUGAAACUUUAUUUGAGAGGAGCACAUCAAACGAACGCAAUGCUGAUGAGGACGCACGCACCAGAUUGACAUACGAGGAAGCCAUCGAGGCAGCAGGCUUCGGCUCGUUCCACUGGCUGCUGCUGCUGGUGUGCGGCUGGGCUAACGCCAGCGACGCCGUCGAGAUCGUGGGCGUCUCCUUCCUGCUGCCCACCGCCCGCUGCGACCUCCUGCUCAGCUCAUCCGACAUGGGCCUGCUGACCGCCUCCAUUUUCCUCGGCAUGAUGGUGGGCGGCUACAUGUGGGGUUACAUGGCCGACCGGAGGGGGCGCAGCAGAGUCUUGGUGGUCUCCCUGACCGUCAACGGCCUGUUCGGAGGCCUGGCCAGCGCGGCGCCGUGGUUCUGGCUCUUCCUGCUACUCAGGUUCAUCAGCGGUGUGGGGGUUGGCGGGUCCAUUCCUGUCAUCUUUUCCUACUUCUCAGAGUUUAUGCCCCGACUGAGGCGAGGUGCCAUGAUCAGCGCUCUGGCCACCUUCUGGAUGGCGGGGAACAUUCUGGCUGCAGGCCUGGCCUGGUUGGUGAUCCCCAGAAGCUGGGCGCAUUUUUCCCUGGGCCCACUGGACUUCCAGAGCUGGCGAGUGUUCGUUGUACUCUGCUCCAUCCCAAGCAUCACAUCAGCGCUCAUCUUCAAGCUGUUCAUGCCCGAGAGCCCCAAAUUCCUCAUGGAGGCUGGUCGAGAGAGAGAAGCGAUCCACGUCUUCCGCCAGAUGUUCCGACUCAACAUGCGUGGGAAAGGAGCAUCUUUCCCAGACUUUUCUUUGCACGUGAACAUGAAGCAAAGAGAGCACAAGACUGAGAUUCGACAGCCCUGUGGACGACUCGCCGCUAUUCUCAAACAGGGUCUGAUGCCGGUCCGGCAGAUGUUUGACGGGAACCUCAAAUCCAGGAGCAUCGUGCUGCUAGUCAUCUUUUACUGCAUCUCUUUCGGUUACUACGGUCUGUGGAUGUGGUUCCCCGAACUUUUCGCCCGAAUGGAGGCCGGCGGCUCCCCGUGCGCCAACAUGUCAGCCGGGUCUGAACAGCGGAACCGCAGCUGCUACCCUGUCAACACCGUCGUGUACGAGGAGGGCUUCUUCAUCGCCGCCGCCAACCUUCCCGGCAACAUCUUCACCAUUCUGGUCAUUGACAACGUUGGAGGGAAGCUGCUGCUCUCGGGCAGCCUGCUGAUGUCCAGCCUCAGCGUGUUCCUCAUCUACGUGGUGCAGACCAAAACACAAAGUCUGGUGUUGUCCUGUUUGUUCAGCGGCGUGUCCGUCAUCACCUGGAACGCUCUGGACGUCGUGGGCACGGAGCUCUACCCCACGCAGCUACGUUCGUCGGCGCUGGGCUUCUUCGCGGGGGCGGGCCGAGUGGCGGCCAUCACGGGGAACAUGGCCUUUGGCAAUUUGGUGGACUCGGACUGCGCCGUGCCCGUCCUGCUGGUGUCGGUUGUGCUGCUUGCCGGCGGCAUGGCGGCGUUCUUCCUGCCGCGCAGCAAACAGACUGAGCUCACCUGAGCUUCACCAAAACGCCGCUCCGAUAUACAGACCCUUUCCAAAAUAUUAGAAUAUCAUGGAAAAGUUUGUUUAUUUCCAUAAUUCCAUUCAAAAGGUUAAACUUUCAUAGAUCAUAGAUUCAGGGCCAACAAUUUAGUUGUAUUUCUUUGUUUAUGUUUACAUAAUUUGGACUUCCAGCUCAUAAAACCCACAAAAUCAGGAAUAAAAAAAAAAUUUGAAGAAAUCAGACCAAAUUUUGCAGGCCAUAAAUGUAUUAAACUGAGUGUCACACACUAAUUAUCUACUAAUCUCAAAGCACUUACACAGGUUUCCCCACGUGUCAUUAAAUUGCUUCAGUUUGGUUCAAUUGUCUCAGUUGGAUUCAAUAUGGGGAAGACUGCAGACUUAACAACUGGCUAGAAGGCCAUCAUUGAUACCCUCCAUAGGAUGGGUAAGCCACAAAAGGUCAUAGCUAAGGAGGCUGGCUGUUCACAGAGUCCUGUGUCCAAGCAUAUCAAUGGAAGGACAAAAUGUGGCAAGAGAAGACGCACCAACAAAAGAGAUGACCGUGGGCUUCAGCGGAUUAUUAAAAAGAGAAGAUUCAAGAAUUAAGCAGAGAUCCAGAAAGAAUGGAAUGAGGCGGGAGCCACACGUUCAAAAACCACCACAUUCAAACGCAUCCGGGAGAUGGGCUACAACUGUCGGUUUCCUCGAGUCAAGUCGCUUCUGAGCCUGAGCCAACGGAGGAAGCGUCGCAACUGGGCCAAGGAGAAGAAGGACUGGACUGUCGGCCAGUGGUCCGAGGUCCUCUUUUCCGAUGAAAGUAAAGUGUGCCUUUCAUUGGGAAAUCAAGGUCCGAGAGUUUCGAGGAAGACGGGUGGAGAACAGAACCCGAGCUGCUUGAGGUCCAGUGUGAAAUAUUCACAGUCGGUCAUGAUUUGGGGUGCAAUGUCCAGUGCAGGUGUUGGUAAACUCUGCUUUGUUAAAUCCAAGGUCACCGCAACAGUCUACCAGAAUGUUUUAGAGUACUUCAUGAUUCCUUCUGCUGAGGAUCUGUAUGAAGAUGCAGAUUUCAUCUUCCAGCAGGACCUGGCCCCUUCCCAUACCGCCAGAAGGACCAAAACCUGGUUUGAUGCCCAUGCCAUCACAGUGCUUGACUGGCCAGCCAACUCACCAGAUCUAAACCCCAUUGAGAAUCUAUGGAGUAUUAUCAAGAGGAAAAUGAGGGGCGCCAGACCCAAAAACAAAGAAGAACUGACAGCAAGCAUCAAGGAAAUCUGGGCUUCCAUAACUCCCAGGCAAUGCCACAGGCUGAUUGCCUCAAUGCCACGGCGCAUCCAGGCAGUGAUUAAAGCAAAAGGAUAACCAACCAAGUAUUGGAGAUGAACAUAUCAUUUUGAAAGUACCAUAUUUUGAUUCAUUUAAUGUGACCCUCAUUUCUUUCGCUUUUUUAUUUUCUACAAAAACUGACAAGCAAAUGGUGAUUUCUUCACAGUAUUAACAUUUUUUGAAUUCCUGAUUUUGUGGGUUUUAUGAGCUGAAGCCCAAAUUAUGUAAAAAUAAACAAAUAAAUACUUGAAAUUGUUCACAUUUUGGGCCCUGAAUCUAUAAUCUAUGAAAGUUUAACUUUCCGAAUGGAAUUAUGGAACUAAAUAAACUUUUCCAUGAUAUUCAAAUUUUUUUUGCAAAGGGUGUGUGUGUGUGUGUGUGUGUAUAUAUAUAUAUAUAUAUAUAUAUAUAUAUAUAUACAUAUAUAUAUACAUAUAUGUAUGUGUAUAUAUAUAUAUACAUACACACAUAUAUAUAUAUAUAUAUAUAUAUAUAUACACACACACACACACACACACAGUAUCUCAUGAACGUGAGUACACCUCUCACAUUUUUGUAAAUAUGUAUAUUAGAGUCAAUAUAAAGUCUACCCACUCCUCUGUCGAAGGCCUUGUUUUGUGAUCUAAAAGAUGAAGCCAUGAUAUAUCAUUUCAAAACCUUAUCCACCAUUAAUGUGAUCUUAUAGGAAAUUCUCCACUGCUUUGCAAUCCUAAUAAGUGUAAAUUUACUGUCCCCUCAAAAUAACUCAACACACAGUCAUUAUUGCCUAAAGAGCUGGCAACAAAAGUGAGUACACCCCUAAGUGAAAAUGUCCAAAUUGGUUAUGGGGUGUAAAUAGUCUAUAUUUCACUAAAAAGUUGAUUUGUAUCAAUUUGUAUUUGAGUUGUAUCACUCACGUUUGUGAGAUUUCUGUAUAUUUUUUACAUUGCUCAAUUGAGUCGAUACAAUCAAAGAACUGAAAGUUAUUGUACAAAAUCAAAGGCUUUAUUUUUCAUUUGUUUGAUUAUUAUUGAUAUUUUGUGUUGUGUAUAUUUUUUCAACAGGCAUUGGAAAAGAAAAUAUCUUUUUUUAUCAUU